GACAAUGCUACUGGUGACGUUGAUGAUAUGUUUCCUGUGCCAAACGAUGCCACAAUUAACUGAGGCUACAAGGUUGGACGAGAGUAACACGCAGUUGACAAUACUUACAGAAAACAUGUUCGUGAAUCACACAUCUUUGACAGAUCUACGACUUGAUAGAAAUCAAAUAACGGAAAUUGAACCUGGUGCAUUUUCUGGUUUGGAUUCUUUGCAACAUCUAUCUUUACAUAACAAUAAACUUACAAUUUUGAAAAAUGGCAUAUUCAAUAAUCUGACCUCCUUGAUAAAGCUAUAUCUUCAUCAAAAUGAAAUAAUAGAAAUUGAGGG